UAUAUGACUGCAGUCCGCGCAGCAUGCUCCGCUUCCGCCGCAUUCUGCACCAAGGCUUUUUGCUGGCUCGUGUUACACUUGACGUCCCCAUCAAGAACUUUAUCGCUUAACGUUAGUAGUCUCCGUCUUGUGUCGCUGUCUCACGGUGUUGCACUUGAGUCGACGUCUCCAUCAAGGAAUUUGCCGCUAGCUACUUAAGCUAGCUCCUCGUGUUGCUGUCUGACAGGGUUGCACUUGAGUCUACGUCCCCAUCAAGGACUUUGACGUGCUAGCUACUUAAGCUAGCUAGCUUAGUUGCCAAGGAAGGCUGUCGCAGUUUGACGGUGUUGCACUUGAGUCGACGUCCCAUCAAGGACUUUGAUCCCUCAUUCAUCUGAGUAGCUGACAAGAGAAGGUUAAAGAUGGCCUAUUUAAGAAUGUGGAGGAAACGUAGAGCAGACAUCAAUGAACUUCUCCACUCUGACGAAGACACUGCGGUGACAAUUGAUGACGCAGUAACCACAAAUGACAGAGAGGAAACAACCAAUGAUGAUGGUGGAAGCAAUACUGAUGACCACAGCAUCAGUGUGACCACUGAUGGUUCAGACUUUGACACUGACAUCGGAAUAUGUGAAUCAGAUGUGGAGAUUUUGAACCCUGAACCAGAGGUCCAAGUUAGAAACAUCGGCAAUGACUUGCGAGAGUGGAGUACAAGACAUCAAAUUACUAAUAGGUCCCUAAAUGAAUUGUUGCAGAUUCUAAGGGAUCAUGGACAUGUACUCCCUAAAGAUGCACGCACAUUACUAGACACUCCUCAAGUCAUUGACAGUCAUUCAAAAUGUAAUGGACAGUAUAUUUACUAUGGCUUGGAGGGGGGCAUUUCCCGUGUACUGUCUCAAAAUGAUGCUUUUAGACAACAACACAGUACAGUCAGUUUGGAUGUCAACAUUGAUGGACUACCAAUCUUCAAAAGUAGUAAAGUCCAGUUCUGGCCAAUACUGGUUACAUUUAGCAAUUUCAGUCCAUUUAUUGUGGCAUUGUACUGCGGGGAAAGCAAACCUGAGCCCCUUGAUGCGUAUCUUCAUGACUUUUUGGAGGAGUUCAAAAAUCUCCAACAGAAUGGCCUGGUGUUUCGUGAGAAAAAGUAUGCCGUAAAUGUUCGUACCUUUAUCUGUGAUGCACCCGCAAGAGCAUAUUUAAAAUGCAUUAAAGGUCAUACUGCAUAUGACAGCUGUGAGAGGUGCCAAGUGAAAGGUCAGUAUGUUGAAAGAAGAGUUGUCUUCAAUCAGAUGACAUCAACCUUGCGCACAGAUGAAGGAUUUAGUCAGUUAGAGUAUUCCUGCCAUCAAAAUGGAUCUAGCCCUUUAAUAGCUGCUGGGAUUCCCUGUGUCAGUGCCUUUGUUUUGGAUUAUAUGCAUACGGUUUGCUUGGGAGUUGUUAGGCGGCUGUUGGUGUAUCUGACUCGAGGCCCAAAACUGUGUAGGCUUUCUCUGAGACAGAAAAAUGAAAUCUCACAAAAACUAAACCUGCUACGAGGCCAGAUGCCCAGUGAGUUUGCACGACAGCCCCGUGGCCUUCAGGAGUUGGACAGGUGGAAAGCCACAGAGUUCCGUCAGUUUCUUCUGUACACGGGACCCAUAGUACUAAAAAAUACAGUCUCCUCACAGCUGUAUGCUCAUUUUGUGACAUUAACCGUGGCAGUAUCCAUCAUGCUGGACUCAGAUGAGAGGAAAAGAGCUGCCUAUUUGGAUUUUUCUGCUGAUCUGAUGAGGCACUUUGUGUCUAGCUGCCCUGCACUCUAUGGAAAAACAUUUACGGUGUACAAUGUGCAUGCCCUGUUACACAUCCAUGAAGAUGUCUCUCGUUUCAGGUGCUCUUUAAAUGACAUAUGUUGCUUUCCAUAUGAGAACUAUUUGCAGCAGAUCAAAAGAUUGGUCAGGACUGGCCAAAAUCCAUUAGCGCAGGUGUCCAAACGCCUGGUCGAAAUUGAACAUGCCCAGGGGAAUUCCACUGCACAGCCUAAAGCAAAGCCCCAAAUGUACAUUUCAUCAAAAAGAAGAGACAGCUGUUUCCUUCUGGAAGAUGAGAGCUUUGCUUUUGUUCAAGAGAGGAGGGGAGAUGGUACAGUUGUUUGCGAUGUGGUAAAACAGAGACACACUGUCGACCUGUUUGACAAACCAUGUCCGUCAAACCUCUUGAACAUUGCUUACAUAGGGAAUGGCCGUAGACUUAGAAGAAAAGAAGUCAAGGAAAAAGACCUUGGUCGAAAAGUAGCCUGCCUUCCUUUCAACAAUGGCUCUGUCAUGAUUCCUCUGCUGCAUGGCAUUGAACAUUCAUGAUGAAGAUUGGCAAGACAUUAAGUUAUGCUUUUCGUCAGGGCCGUGUGGAAUGAAAAUGGGAAGGAAAUGGAGGGGACCAUCCCUGAUGCCUGGGUUAAUGUAGCUGAGAAAACCCUUCGAUGGCCAAAGACGAGGGCAAAAUAUUGUUUUGACAACCAUGUGGCUCCUAAGGAGGACUGGGAAACUUUCCCAUUGUUGAAAGUAAAAAUUACCUCAGAAAGUUUCCAUGAGUGUGAAGACUACGAUCAAACCAGCCAUGCUGAACUAUGUGAAGAAGAUGAAGACGAAGAGGUUGUAGUCCAAAAAAGGAUGAAAAAAAAAAAACAUUUUGACGAUUUUGUUGAAGGAUCUGACCUGUCUGAGGCGACUGCUGAGGAGGAUGAUAAAGAAAAGCGGAAAGGAGAUUCCAGUCCAAUAAUUCCAGUAUUUCCCACUCCACCAAUCAAGUUAAAGAAUGUGGGCGUCAACAGAUCAAAUAGUGGUUCACCCAGGUCUGCGGGCCGUGACAGGUCAACUGGUCGUACAGCCAGGUCUGCAGGCCGUGACAGGUCAACUAGUGGUUCACCCAGGUCUGCGGGCCGUGACAGGUCAACUAGUCGUUCACCCAGGUCUGCAGGCCGUGACAGGACAACUAGUCGUACAGCCAGGUCUGCGGGCCGUGACAGGACAACUAGUCGUUCACCCAGGUCUGCGGGCCGUGACAGGUCAACUAGUCGCACACCCAGGUCUUUGGACAGGUCAACUAGUGGUUCACCCAGGUCUGCGGGCCGUGACAGGUCAACUAGUCGUUCACCCAGGUCUGCAGGCCGUGACAGGACAACUAGUCGUACAGCCAGGUCUGCGGGCCGUGACAGGACAACUAGUCGCACACCCAGGUCUUUGGACAGGUCAACUUGUGUUUUGGGUUCCACAGAUUCGUCCAGGUCCAGGUCUGUGGGCCGGGACAGUUCAAUUAGUUGUUCAUCCAGGUCUGUGGGCCGGGACAAUUCAAGCAGUCGUGUACACAGGUCCCAGGCUGUGGAAGGUCUUUCACAUGAAAUGUCCAGUUAUAAUAGGGAUGUGCCAACCACAUUCCCCCUGUCAGAAGCGAAGAGCACACUUUUACUGAAAUGCCUUGCUGUUACCAGAGAACCAUGAUUAUAGU